CAAAAACCCGUCCCUACCACGGUACCACCGCCAUUCCCCCUCCCCCCAACCCCUAUCCCUAUACAGGGAGAAGAACCACCCACCAUGUUCUUCAACACCUCCCGCUUCUCCCGGCGAGACCUGAAGCCAUACAUCGCCGAAUUUCUCGGAACCGCUCUUCUGAUCGUCAUCGGCGACGGCGUGGUCGCACAAUGCCUCCUCUCCGACUACCAAUAUGGCACCUGGCUCUCCAUUAAUGUCGCAUGGGCCUCCGCUGUCUGCAUCUCGGGCUAUCUCUCCGACCCCAGCCCGACCAUCAACCCGGCCGUGACCAUCUGUCUGGCCCUCGUCCGGCCCACCCCGGGACAAUGGAGAAAGCUUCCCGGAAAGCUCCUCGCUCAGUUCCUGGGCGGCUUUGUCGGCGCCGCCAUCGUGUACAUCAACUACCGCUCGGCCAUCGAGGACUGGGACCCUGAGUACACGAUCCCUGGUGGUUCGAUCCUCAGUCCUCGCGGCCAUCACUCGGCCGGUAUCUUCUCGACCUAUCCCGCCGCGUUCUUCAACUCCAACUGGGAGGCCGGAUUCUCGGAACUCCUCGCUUCCGCGGUCCUCAUGUUCGGCUCCCUCAGCAUCUCCGAUCCCGCCAACGCGUCCAGAUUCCACUCCCCGCAGCUGUCGGUCUUCUUGCUUCUUCUCGCCAUCGGAGCGGCCUUGGGAUGGCAGACCGGUUAUGCUAUCAACCCAGCCCGAGACUUCGGGCCCAGACUUUUCUCCGCCAUCGUCUAUGGAAAAGAAGUCUUCACCGCCGCGAACUACUACUUCGUGGUCCCCAUCUUCGCACCCAUUCUGGGCUGCAUUCUCGGCGCCACUGUCUACGAUUCAAUGCUCUACGAGGGGGACGGAUCCCGUAUCACGGACGCCCUUGACAAGGCUGAGGAUCGCGACGGUGGUCUUCGACUGGACUAGUUUGGCUUGCAUGUCUCGUUACCCAUAUAGGUAGCGGGGUAUCAAGUCUCAGACUGCCCCCGCCCACUUCAGGCAGAUAGGAGUUGUCUGCGUCGUUUCCGAACCUUUCUACGAUCAUCCAUCCCCCUUUGGCCAUUUAACACCCUAUCUUGAUUUCCUGUUUCUAGCUAGAUAGUCACAUAGAACCUUCGCUUCCCAGCUCACAAUCAUCACUGUAAUAAAGACGAUAGAGUUGGGAGGCUCGCAAUCAUCACUAUAACAAACACGACAGAGUAAUAGGACUGGAUAUUUAGAAAGCGGUAGUAGCUAAUUUAAGGUACCAAAUACAUCAAGAGUAGUCUCGCGUAUCACCGAAAAGGAUGCAUGGAAUGACACCAUACUUGCUCGUUGGGAGCUGGUGGAAAUUCCCGAGUCAGAAGAGUAGUGGAAGCCCGAGUACGUUUCCAAGGACACUUCUAUUUGGAAGUUCUAG